CCUUUAGGAGGUCCCUGGUAAAAGUUCCGAACGGCGCUUUGCCCCGCCCAUUGGGACAGAGGUGGGCGGGGACAGUGGGCCAGAAGCUCCGCCCCUCCCAGGUCGUUCUUCCCGCGGAGAGGAGACCACGCGAUGGCCGCUGAAGGGGCGUCUUGGCGGCCACCCCGAGCCUGCACAGAUUACUGGUCUGAAUGGAAGCUGUGCCGGAGUAUCCGUAAUCUAUACCAUCAUUAUUACACUUAUGGGGAGACGCCAUCUUGCGCGCAGUGGAAAAAGGAUUACAAGAAUUGCAAAGAAUGGGAGAGAAACAAAAGCGCGGUGGCCAAGGAACAGUUGUGUAACAGCGAGCGUGAACGGAUGGCCAAGAAACAGAAACAUUCACCGGUAUGGAAAAUGAGAAAAAGUCCUCCACCUGAAUGGAAUUCACCCAUUGAGGAAGAAAACUUCAAAUGAGGCAGCUCUCCACGUAUCUUAGUGGGACCUCAUAAACUCUUAAUCCUGAAUAUAGGGAUUUUCCGGCCAUAAAUCUGCGCUCCCACCUGGCAAUA